UCUUCUGCUUGUUGUUGCUAGGUGUUGUUUGUUUAUUUCUUUUCUAACAUAAAUAGUUAAAACAUUGUUUUAGUUGACACAUUUGACAUAGGUGCUUGAAAAAGAACCUUUUCAGCCGGAGGAGACGUCAUGUUGCUUCUGUUACUUUUUAAUUGUCUGUUUAUGGUUUAAUUUGUAGUUCAAAAUGCAGAUGGACGGCAGGUUGACAGCUCUAAGGGAGCUGUCCCAGCUGCGGCUGAUUAACAUCUUCAAUCAAAUUCCCGGAAAGAAGGACCUAAUCAUCGAUGCUCCAUUAAUGAAAGCACUUGAUAGAAUAACAGGAAUUUCAGUCUUGAGAAAACACGAUGUGGAUAAGAUAUUCAAGCUGGACUCCAACGCAGGUCAAAAUUCUGUUAACAAUCAACGGCUCUAUUUAAUAAUGUCAGAUCUCAUAUCAGCCAAGAGAGUCUGUGACCAAGUGAAUGCAGAGCAAAGGAAGGAUGUUGAUUACCACAUUAUUGUUGUUCCACGAAAAUUAGCAGCAAUUGACCAACUUCUUGAGGAGGAAGGCUUAUGGGGAAGAGUUACGAUUCAUGUGUAUCAAUGGGAGCCAAUUCAGCUGGACAUGGGCCUCAUAUCACUUGAAUUACCUUCACUAUUUCCUCAACUGUUUGUGGAUGGUGAUCAGACACUUCUUCCUGCAGUAGCAAAAUCUCUCUGGUCCCUGCAGAUGCUUCUUGGACGUUCCCAGGUGACCCUGACGCUAGGAAGAUACGCCAAGCAGGUCCAGUCGAUGACUGAAGUGCUUAUGGACCAAAUUGGUGAGCCUGAUAAACCUCAGACAGACAUCGGAUGCAUUGUUCUAGUGGAUAGAGAUGUAGACUACGCUGCGUCACUUUUGACUCCGGCCACUUACACAAGCUUAAUGGAUGAGGUUCUUGGUAUACGAAGUGGUGUUGUAGAACUUCCAAAGUCUGAUGCAAAACCAGAUGAAAAGCAAACUAUUGGACACUUGCUUAGCAGCGAAGAUGAAAUUUACAAUCAAAUAAAAAAUCGUCAUUUCUCUGAUGUGUUUUCAUUUUUAUCUGCAAAAGCCAAACAACUAUCAAAUGAGUAUGAUCAAAGUAGAAAGAUGGCUCUCCAUGAAAUGAAACAGUAUGUGUCUUCUCAAUUAAAGACAGUCAUGGCUCGAAAGAGAGCUCUAGCAAUGCACAUUGCCGGAUGUGAAGCAGUGAUAACUGCAAUCGGUGCUAGAUUUGAAAGUCUGCAAGAUAUGGAACAGAACAUGCUGGAAGGUACCAACCGGCGCAGCGUUCAGUCGUACAUAGAAGAAAAUAUCGUCACUGGUGGAGGCGGAAAGCUUGCCAAUUUAAGACUAAUGUGCCUCCUGUCACUUACUCAAGAUGGAUUAUUCUCUGAGGAUGCCUGGUCUUUGAAAACACAAUUUCUACAUGCAUAUGGGUAUCAUCUUCUCCCAGGCCUUCACAACCUUGAAAAUCUAGGACUUCUGACAACCUCCAGUGCUGGUCUAGGCUCUGGAUUGGUUACUGGUCCAGUGAGUGAUGCCACUGGGAGGCUGGCAAAUAAAGUUGCACAGGUUGUUUCUCUUCCCAAGAGAUCAUCAUUCCAGGUUCUACGCCAGAAGUUAAAAUUAUUUUCGGCAAAUAGAGAAGAUAUUAAUCUAAAACAACCCACAGACAUGAGUUAUGUGUAUGGAGGCGCUUACAUUCCUAUAGCAUGUCAAUUGGUUCAGCUGCUGAUUAAAAAGGAAGUCAGCUUUGAAGAUAUUGUGAAUCAACUCAUUCCUGGAUCAUCGGUAACUCCCUCGAAACCGUCAAUUGACUUUUUACCUCGGUCAUUUAUUGUGUAUUUUAUUGGUGGAGUGACUUAUGCAGAGGUUGCAGCUUUCCAACUUCUAGAAAAGUUAACUGGAACUAGAAUAAUUGUUGCUAGUACCUCAGUUAUGAAUGGAAGUACUUUGAUAGAUAGUGUACUAUAAUGGCUGUUUUUAAUAUAAUUUUUUAUAAAUAA